AAACAGAGGGAGGAAGAAGCCGCGGCUCUUCUUUAUUGAGGAGAAAAACUCAAAGGGAUUAAAAGGAAUCAUGCGGUAGGCAAAGAAGGCUUCCCAUUCUCAGCAGCACCUUUAGAACCUGACAUCCCACUGCCGAGCUGCUACCUUGCAAAGACUGCUACUGUCAAUGGAGCUGGAAAACAUUGUUGCCAACACUGUCUUGCUAAAAGCCAGGGAAGGGGGUGGAGGAAAGCGUAAAGGCAAAAGCAAAAAGUGGAAGGAAAUCUUGAAGUUCCCUCAUAUUAGCCAGUGUGAAGAUCUCCGGAAGAUGAUAGACAGAGAUUACUUCAGUUUGUGUGACAAGCAGCCCAUCGGAAGACUUCUUUUCCGGCAGUUCUGUGAAACUCAGCAUGAGCUGGAGUGUUGUAUUAGGUUCCUUGACUCUGUGGCAGAGUAUGAAAUUAUACCAGAUGAAAAACUGGGAGAGAAAGGGAAGGAAAUCGUGAUGAAAUACCUCACCCCAGAGUCCCCAGAAUAUGUCACUGAAGUCAACCAAGACCUGAUCCACCAAACAAAGGAAAAACUUGAACUGAGACCUUGCAAAGAACUCUUUUCUCACUGUGCAAAAUCUGUCCUUGACUACCUAAGUGGAGAGCCAUUCCAAGAAUACCUGGAGAGCAUGUAUUUUGACAGGUUUCUCCAAUGGAAGUGGUUGGAAAGACAACCAGUGACCAAAAACACUUUCAGGCAAUAUCGAGUGCUAGGCAAAGGAGGCUUCGGGGAGGUCUGUGCUUGUCAAGUGCGGGCUACAGGUAAAAUGUAUGCCUGUAAAAGGCUGGAGAAGAAGAGGAUAAAGAAGAGGAAAGGAGAGUCCAUGGCACUCAAUGAGAAGCAGAUUUUAGAAAAAGUCAAUAGUCAGUUUGUUGUCAACUUAGCCUAUGCCUAUGAAACAAAGGAUGCAUUGUGCUUAGUUCUGACCAUCAUGAAUGGGGGUGACCUGAAGUUCCACAUCUACAACAUGGGAAACCCAGGCUUUGAGGAGGAGAGAGCCUUGUUUUAUGCAGCAGAGAUCCUUUGUGGCUUGGAAGAUCUUCACAGAGAAAAUACCGUAUACAGGGAUCUGAAACCAGAAAAUAUCCUGUUGGACGAUUAUGGCCAUAUCAGAAUAUCUGAUUUGGGUUUAGCUGUGAAGAUUCCUGAAGGAGAUUUGAUCCAGGGCAGAGUGGGAACAGUAGGAUAUAUGGCUCCAGAAGUCUUGAACAACCAGAGGUAUGGUCUGAGCCCUGAUUACUGGGGCCUGGGCUGCCUCAUUUUUGAGAUGAUUGCGGGACAGUCACCCUUCCGAGGGAGGAAAGAGAAAGUGAAACGUGAAGAAGUAGACCGGAGAGUCCUAGAGACGGAAGAGGUGUACUCUCACAAAUUUUCUGAGGAAGCCAAGUCAAUCUGUAAAAUGCUACUAGCCAAAGAUGCAAAGCAGAGGCUGGGCUGCAGAGAGGAGGGUGCUAUGGAAGUGAAGGGACACCCAUUUUUCAGGAACAUGAAUUUCAAGCGAUUGGAAGCAGGGAUGUUGGACCCUCCCUUUGUACCGGAUCCCCGGGCCGUGUAUUGUAAAGAUGUGUUGGAUAUCGAGCAGUUCUCCACGGUGAAAGGUGUCAACUUGGACCACACAGAUGAUGAUUUCUAUUCCAAGUUUUCCACCGGAUCCGUAUCGAUUCCAUGGCAAAAUGAGAUGAUAGAAACUGAAUGUUUCAAGGAGUUGAAUGUGUUUGGACCAAACGGUACUCUUUCACCUGACCUGAAUCGGAGCUACCCUCCCGAACCGCCGAAGAAAGGCUUGCUACAUCGAAUUUUCAAGCGUCAGCAUCAGAACAAUUCUAAGAGUACUACUAAUUCCAAGGCGAAUUUUAACCAUCACAUCAACUCCAACCAUGUACGUUCAAAUUCUACUGGAAGCAGCUAGUUUCAGCUCAAAUCUGGGAGUUUUAAAUGGGGCUACGCCCUAGUCCUUCCACUUAAGAAACAGAGCUCCUGCCAACAAGUGCCGCCACCAUCACUGAGUUAAACCAAUGCUUCCGUCCCUCCAAAAGCCAGAGAGGGGCUCUGUCCAAACCCUGGAAAUGGAACCUCCAAUUUUCCUGAAGAAAUUCCCACUCAGGUCUGUUUUUCUGGAGGGGGCCCUUGGACAGCUGGUGUGAUGGCACUUGGUCUCUGUAGAACAUUGCAAUAGAAAUCCAACAGAUAAGACAACUUGCACGUAUUUAAAUAGCAUCAUACCUAGAACUGAAUUUUGUCCUUAUUAUUUUUAAAGAAAAGUUUUGUAAAUUUCUCUAUUGUCUCAGUUUACAUUUUGUACAUUUGUAUUUAAAUGAAAGUCAGACCUUGAGGGUGUAUAUUUUCUGUGCAGCCGUUGUAAAGCCAUGUGUUUUAAGACAUUGAGGGGAAAGGGAGGGAAGGGGGGGGUGGGAUUUUAAAAAUGUGACUCAAGACUUCCAGAGCCUCAAUUGAAAAAUUGUUGUUUUUAUUAACUACAGAGAAUUAUUCCAAUUUCACAUUAGCUAGUGGGUUAUAUUUCCAUACAUGCAUUUGAUGGCACAAUUUAUUCCUAACUAACUUACAUUUGUUUGUAUAUUUGAUUUAUAGCAACACUGCAUACAAUUUCUCUGUUAGUUUGUAACGUCUUGUAUUAAAUGCUAAAAAAAAAAAAAAAAGAAAAAAAAAAGAAAAAAGGGCACACUUGUGACUUAACCCCAUUUGAGAAUUUCCUCCAUCUAAGGGGGACCUGCUGGCACCACUGAGUUUAGUGCCAGGUAUUUUUUUUUCAUAGAUCCUCAAAAUAUUUGUGGUGUGAUUCAGGAUCCUCCUUCUAUUCUCCAUCCCAUUUAAACAUUAGGAAAGACUCCAGGGAGAGGAAGCAUGGUUAGGACCUAAGACUUUGGCCCAUUGGUCUCUGGGCAGAGAAUAUUGUUCUUCCUAUCUAAUGUGUCCUGACCUCUUGUUUGCAUGCAUUUCCCUCAAAUUUGGGUUGUGGAGUUUUUUUGUUUUUUUUUUUUUUAAAGGGAAAUAUAGGAAUGAUAACAAUGAAAGGAAAUCCCAAGUGUCUUAAAAUUUUACAGACAAAAGGAAGCCUAGAUGUAGAAGUCUGUAUCAGCUCUAAUGUUUAGUUGAGAAUAAUAAAGACAAGAAGAAAGAUUUCCUGAAACUAUUUGGUGCCUAUGCAUUUAACAGGGAUUCCUUCUGAGGUAUCCUACAGAGAAGGAACACAGUGGUACAAAACAGAAAAAAAUAAAAUAAAAUUAGGCCUCUUAUGCAAAUUCCUCCUAGUUCCCAUGUGAAUAGUGAGUGAAAAAGUCUCUAGUUUCAGAGCCCAGCAUAUGGGUAGUAGGUUGGGUAAGCAGCCAAAGAUCAGGCAGGGAUGGACUUCCCUCAGUUUUCUCUGGUCCAAAGUUGGCUACCCCAUGGAGAAGACCAGUGACCAAAAAUGGUGGCAGGGUACUUGAGAAGACAAGCAAAGACAAGGAUGUUUUCCACUCUUCAAAGAUCAGAACAGAGUUUUGAAAUAAAGAAGAUCCCUCUAACUCCAGCCAGGAUUCACAGAACCCAAAUGGGUGAAAGAUCUCUGGAAAUAAUCCCAGUGUCAAAGGAUCACAGGAUAAUAGAUAAAACUGGAAGCAACUUCAAAGGCCAUUUUGUUCCACCCUCUCAGUUUACAGAUGA